GUGUAUAUCGUCAAGUGAAAACUUUUGUGUGUCGUAUGUCCAUCCAGAAUCUUAACACAUUCGACCCCUUUGCUGAUGCAAUCAAGGGUGCAGAUGAUGAUGUCCAAGACGGUCUCGUGCAUAUAAGAAUUCAACAACGGAAUGGUCGUAAAACUCUAACGACCGUACAAGGUCUAUCGGCGGAGUAUGACUUGAAGAAAAUUGAGUUUGCGUGCAAUGGUACUGUGAUUGAACAUCCAGAGUACGGCGAGGUGCUUCAACUCCAAGGUGAUCAGCGAGAGAAUAUUUGUCAGUGGCUGACCAAGUCUGGAUUGGCUAAGCCUGAGCAACUAAAGGUUCACGGCUUU